AUGAGAAACGUUUUGCAAAGAGUCUGGCAAAUAGAAAGAAGAUUAGAGCGCCGAUUACUUCGUGACCAUGCAAAUCCUUUGGCAUUACCUCAAAACGAAUUUAUGGAUAUUUUUCGGCUCAGUCCUGACCUAGCACUCUACCUUAUUAACGAAUUGCGUCAUGAUUUGCAACCCCAAAGAAUUAGCGGUCUUGCUCCAGAACUACAGGUUUUAACUGUUCUUCAAUUCUAUGGUCAAGGCUGCUAUCAGAGAUCAGUAGGAAAUCAAUUCCAACAUAAUAUGAGUCAAACCUCACCAUUCCCAGGGGCGAUUGGCGCAAUAGACUGUACAUUUAUAAAUAUACUAGGCCCUGUAGAACAUGAAGAGGCUUAUGUUAACCAUCACGGUAAUCAUACUCUUAAUGUUCAAGCAAUCGUUGAUCCUGAUUUCCUCAUACUGAGUAUUAAUGCAAGAUUCCCAGAUGCUAGAAAUGAUUCUUAUAUUUGGAACAAUUCACCUAUUCGAAGGGCAAUGGAAUAUUGUUAUAAUCGAGGUGAGCGCCAAACUUGGCUUAUAGGAGACGCCGGAUAUCCAUUGGAACCAUGGUUAAUGACUCCAUUAGCUGAUUAUCCAAUAGGUACGAGACAGUUUGAAUAUACAAUGCAGCUCUGUUCAUCUUGUAACUGUGUCGAACGUUUCAAUGGAGUUUUCAAGUCUUUGUGGAGAUGUUGUUCCUAUCAAAGAGUUUUGAUGUAUGAACCAGAACUUGCUGAUAGAAUUAUCAACGCAUGUGCUAUUCUCCAUAACAUGCGAAUUCAUGCGCGUCUUCCUGUGGAUCAAUUUCUAAAUGAUCAAGACGCAGGUCUUCCUGAAGACCCUGUAUACAUACAUCACGAGGAGGACAACGAACCGGUGAGGAACCUAGCGCUGGCACGAAGAAUACAGAAGCAAAUUAUGGCAGAUAGAUUCCCCGAUUUACCUGAUGGCGAUGACCUUUGA